GGCGCCAUAUCUGCAGCAAUACCUGAUGUCGACAGCAGUGUUGAUGGCGAUGGAAGGUGAGGGAAAAAAAGAGCGGGAGGAUACAGCGUUUUUUUGCUUGAGUCACGGAAUUUCUUCCCACCGGCACAAAAAAGGAAGGGGUGGGGCAGUUGUGGCUCAAUUCUAAAUUUCAAAUAGGCAGGACCAUCAACCUACCCCGCCGGCAAAGGCGCAUAUGUAUCUUCCAUGUAUCUUCCAUGCUAAUUUAUCUUGUUAGAAUACCCGGACGAAACCUCCACAGAAUUCUUCGGCCUUCUCGUUUCCAACGGCCCGAGCAGGCACUCGGAGAGUACCUGCUUGGCCACCUUUGAUACCUGAGGCCGCAACAUUAGGUACCUAGGUACCUAGGUGUUAGGUCCCUCACCCUCGGCCUCAUUGCUGCGGUGAUCGGAAGAUACAGUUCAACCGACCAAUUGGAUUACCUAAGGCAACUCCAGCGCAGCGGCGGAGACCAAUCUGGGCCAAGGUCGGUCUCCGAAUUUUGCAGGCCUUCUUCAACAUUUUUCUAGAUUGGCCAACAACCUACUUACCUGCCCCCAUUCAAAUCUCGCCCGGCAGCGGAACGGCCGAGUGCACCAUAAAUAUAAGUCGGUUGGCCAUUGGUUGAAUGCUGGCCGGCGAAAGGCCAUGACGAGGAUACGAUAGAUACCAUGUCUUCUCUAAGGUAUGGCUCUCGCUGUCUUAGAGAGUUCCGCGCGACUACUGUGCGACAGCAGCAGCGGUCCUCCGCGACACCCCAGACGCGACGAGCGUUCUCUAGCACGGCCCGCCGGCGGAAUGGCCUGGAUGGGAUGCAAAGACUCGAGCAGGCGGUCGAUCAUGGCUCUACGGCGAGUAGCUCGAAGGUAGCAUACGCCCGACCCGUGCCGGUAUCCCCCUCCUACUUCUCCCGACACGCGCGAUUCAACGACAGCUUCGUCAUCGUCCAAGACCUGGCGCGAAAAUACGCCCGACUUCCCACCGUCGCCCCUAACCAGGCUGAGCGGGUGGCAUGGAAGACCAAGGAACAUUAUCGGCUGUCCAUGGGCGAAUCGGUGAAGGCGAGAGACUAUACUACCUGUCUCGCUCUCGUAAAGAGAUUGCACCUGAUCCACCCGGACCUCAUGCCAGAAGAAGUCCAGGAUGGCAUCCAGGCGUUCAAGCGGGACAUCAACAUUUAUCUCAACACCACGAAGCCCAUCCCGAUCGACAAGUUUGGCAGGUCCCAUGGCGUCGGCAGGCGGAAAUCUUCGGUUGCCCGGGCCUGGCUCGUCGAGGGGACAGGGGAGGUCCUAAUCAACGGGAAGCCCCUGAAUGACGCGUUCGCGCGAGUUCACGACAGAGAGAGCGCGCUUUGGGGUUUGAAGGUGCUGGACAGAACGGACAAGUACAAUGUUUGGGCGCACGUAGAGGGCGGCGGGACCACCGGGCAGGCCGAAGCCCUGGCGAUGGCCAUCGCCAAGGCAUUAAUGGUUCACGAGCCCGCAUUGAAAACCCCCCUGAGAAAAGCCGGUUGUCUCACCCGCGAUUUCAGAAGCGUCGAGAGAAAGAAGCCCGGUCACGUCAAGGCGAGGAAGAUGCCCGCCUGGGUCAAGAGAUAGAGCGCGCGCGCGAGAGCGCCAGGCAACGGAUUCCGCAGUAGACGCGACGGCUUUUCGUUGGGACCGAUUUCUCGUGAGGCCGCUGCUAUCGGACUUAGCUGUGGCUUAGGCAGGGGGUUUGAGAGAUUCCCCCUCCCGGCGCUGUUCAUGCAACAAGCCAUACACAUACCCACCAAUAUACAGAGGCCGUGUUAUUAUGUAACCCUGGUGGUGUUCGGGAUUUGCAUACGCCUACGAUGCCGAUGGUAACGCCGAGAAUUGAAACUGAUCCUGUAGUCCCCACACAAUCGCGUCGCGAACCACCGCAACUUGGGCAAUAGCUGUUCUUAAGGUACGACUGCGUUCUCGCCCAAGUGUAACGUG